GAACGGUCUUGUAAUACAUUCGAGGGAAAAAGUUUUCCACACAAAAUUAUUUCAAGAUACAGGUAACCACGUCGCAGAGGAGACAGCCACUUGGAAAAUUACACUCUGCGUUUUCAAAAGUUGAUGCUUCUACUCCAAAGUGGAAAUAUGCAACCCGAAUUCAGCUGCCUGUUCUCCAUGAGGGCCAUGUUGAUCUGUUGUUUCUUCUUCUGUAAGUCAAUAUUCGGUUAUGAGAAGACCCACUCCCAUGCAGAGGAUGAGCUCUUCAAAAAGCUCUUCAUUGGCUACAACAAGUGGUCCAGGCCUGUGCCCAACAUCUCUGAUGUGGUCAUUGUCAAAUUCGGCCUGUCCAUCGCUCAGUUGAUCGACGUGGACGAGAAGAAUCAGAUGAUGACAACAAACGUGUGGCUGAAGCAGGAAUGGAAUGACUAUAAGCUACGAUGGAAGCCCGCUGAUUACGACAACGUAACUUCUAUCCGGGUGCCCUCUGAGCUGAUUUGGGUCCCUGAUAUCGUCCUGUACAACAAUGCCGAUGGGGAGUUUGCUGUGACCCACAUGACCAAGGCCCACCUCUUCCAUACGGGCAUGGUGCGCUGGGUGCCCCCAGCCAUCUACAAGAGCUCCUGCAGUAUCGACGUCACCUUCUUCCCCUUCGACCAGCAGAACUGCAAGAUGAAGUUCGGCUCGUGGACCUACGACAAGGCCAAGAUCGACCUGGAGCGCAUCGAGAACACAGUGGACCUCAAGGACUACUGGGAGAGCGGAGAGUGGGCCAUAAUCAACGCCGUGGGAACCUACAACACCAAGAAGUACGACUGCUGUCACGAGAUCUACCCGGAUAUCACCUACUUCUUCAUCAUCCGCCGGCUGCCCCUCUUCUACACCAUCAACCUCAUCAUCCCCUGCCUGCUCAUCUCCUGCCUGACCGUGCUGGUCUUCUACCUGCCCUCCGACUGCGGGGAGAAGAUCACGCUCUGCAUCUCCGUCCUCCUCUCCCUCACCGUCUUCCUCCUCCUCAUCACCGAGAUCAUCCCGUCCACCUCGCUGGUCAUCCCGCUCAUCGGCGAGUACCUGCUCUUCACCAUGAUCUUCGUCACCCUCUCCAUCGUCAUCACCGUCUUCGUGCUCAACGUGCACCACCGCUCGCCCAGCACGCACAAGAUGCCCCGCUGGGUGCACUCCGUCUUCCUGGAGCUCAUCCCCCGGUGGCUGUUCAUGCGGCGGCCUGUCCCGGACGAGAAGCGCCGCCGCCUGCUCCUCCAGCAGAGGGCGCCGGCACCGGCCCCGCCGCCGCGGCUAAGCACCUCCAAGAGCUGGCUCCAGGAGACGGACGUGGACUGCUGCCACGGGGACAUGGAGCUGGGCGUGCCGUCGCCCUUCACCUUCCCGUUCCGCCCACCCUCGCCCCGCCCGCCCGGCUCCAGCCCGCUGCCGCAGAAGCACGGCCUGCAUCACCGGCUGGACGGCGUGGCCCGGCAGCUGGGCGGCAGGGUCAACCUCGCCCAGCAGACCGCCAAGAUCGACAACCUGGUCUGCGACUCCAGCUUCCCCUUCUCGCCCAGCGUCCUGCGUGCCCUGGAGGGGGUGCACUACAUCGCCGACCACCUGAGAGCCGAGGAUGCUGACUUCUCUGUGAAAGAGGACUGGAAGUACGUUGCCAUGGUGAUCGACCGCAUCUUCCUGUGGAUGUUUAUCAUCGUGUGCCUGCUGGGUACCAUUGGGCUCUUCCUGCCUCCCUGGCUGGCGGGCAUGAUCUAGGUCCGCUCCGCAAGAACCACGAUGGACAGAUGGACUCAGACACCACGCUCACACCAGAGCCUUACCAAAGUAUUGAACCAAACCUGAGAAAAAGUGGCCCUCUGGGAUGAACCUGCUGAACUAUCCCUUCGAAUGAGGUGCUCAGUUAUCUCUGUAACAACAGCAGAGGGCAUUUCCUUCACUGAAAACCUGUGACUCUUCACAGCUGUCUAGAAUCCCGGUCAGACUCCAUUACCACGUAGCAGGUAAAACAAAUUAAAACAAUGGACGUUUUUGUAAAGAAAAUGCACGGACUCUUUCUCCCCCUGAUGGC